AACUAAUCGUUCACUAAAAUUUAAUCCAAGCCAAUAGUUGUGAAUGAAAGUGCAAUACUAAUCUCGUACGUUAUUUAUUGGUGUUAGUGUAGCCAGAUGUGCCAUUUAAGCGAUCGGACGGUUUUUAUUUAUAAGCAAAUAUAAAUCAGCUGUAUCGUUUUACAGAACUUCAACUGUUGGCAACACACAUUUGCACAACAACAAUUUCAUUUGCAGAUUAAAGUGUUUUAGUGCAUUAUUUUACUUGGCAUUAAUUUUACACAUUCAUAAAGAAAAUGACGCUUCCGGAGUUUUUUGGUUGUUCCUUUAUCGCAUUUGGAACGCCCUUUGCGAUGUUUGUUUUCACAAUAGCGAAUGAUUCAAUUCGCAUAAUUAUUCUUAUUGCCGCAGCCUUCUUUUGGUUAUUAUCGCUCUUGUCAUCAGCCUUGCUCUGGUUCGCUAUUGUACCAUUACGCGAAUACUUAUGGUUUGGUGUAAUUUUUUCUGUGAUGUUUCAAGAGGGCUUUCGUUACAUUAUUUAUCGUAUACUGCGACGCACGGAGCAAGGCCUUCAGGCCGUAUCUGAGAAUCCGAGCAUAAUAGAAAACAAACAUAUUCUAGCAUAUGUUUCAGGACUUGGAUUUGGUAUAAUAUCAGGCAUGUUUUCAAUGGUUAAUCUCCUAGCAGAUAUGUCUGGACCAGCUACCAUGGGACUUAAAGGAGGUUCGGAGGUGUUCCUAAUAACUUCCGCGACACAAGCACUUGCUAUGAUAUUGUUACACACUUUUUGGAGUAUAAUAUUUUUUAAUGCCUUUGAUGUUAAUAAUUAUAUGCACAUAGCUUACGUCGUUGGUACACAUCUCUUCGUUUCGCUGAUUACAUUACUAAAUGUACAUGAGAUGUAUAUUGCCACGUUAUUACCUAACUACAUCAUUCUCUUAGCGACUGCGGCAUUGGCAUUUAAGGUAGCUGGAGGCAGCAAAGCCUCCCUUUUGCGUUUUGUUAAGUGCCAAUGAGACGAAAAUACAUGUAGAUAUACGUACAAUACUAAAAUAUUUGAAUAUCUUUGGCAUUGACUAAAUGAUAAAAUCAAUCAAUUAAUUUAUAAUGUAUCAAUGUAAUACUAGUUAAGACUAAACAGCUAGCGUACUAAUAAUAUAAGUAACUCAACUCAUUUAUAUUUUAAAUUUAUUUCAUGUGAAUAAUCAUGAUAGAACGUACAAUAAAAAGCCAUUACAAUAAUAGA